ACCCGGGCACCUUUGGGGGCCGGACCGUAGCGCAGCAACGUUGAGAGCCCGCGGAAAGGAAACUCGUGUCCCGCGGCACGGCCGCGGCGGGGCUGGGACCCGUGAGUGCUGUUGUCCAUCGGGGGCCUCCCCGACGUGGUCCCCAAUUCCAUCCCGACCCCGCCGCCCGAGGGUCCGGGGGAGCAGCCGUGUCCCGGCAUGGUGCUCAAGGCUUUCUUCCCCACGUGCUGCACCUCGGCGGACAGCGGCCUCCUGGUUGGACGGUGGGUCCCAGAGCAGAGCAGUGCCGUGAUCCUGGCGGUGGUGCACUUCCCCUUCAUCCCCAUCCAGGUCAAGGAGCUCCUGGCCCAGGUACAGCAGACCAGUCAAGUGGGCCUGGCUGUGCUGGGGACCUGGUGCCACCGUCGGCAGGAGCCCGAGGAGAGCCUGGGCCGCUUCCUAGAGGGCCUGGGUGCCAUCUUCUCCCAUGAGCCCUGGCUCCAGCUGUGCCGGGAGAAAGGCAGCAAGCUCUGGAGCUGCAAGGCCACUGGCUGGCAGGCGCCCACCUCCCCUGGUGCCCCCAGCGAGGACCAGGUCAUGAUUAUCUUCUACGACCAGCGCAAGGUGCUGCUGUCCCAGCUGCACCCGCCUGCAGCCCUACCUGACUGCCAGGCUGGGGAUGCCAUGGCCAGCGCUACAGGCCUGGCUGCUAUUUUCGACACAGUGGCUCGCAGCGAGGUGCUCUUCCAAAGUGAUCGGUUUGAUGAGGGCCCCGUGCGGCUGAGUCACUGGCAGUCGGAGGGUGUGGAAGCCAGCAUCCUCGUGGAGGUGGCCAAGUGGGCCUCGGGGCCCAUCUGCCUGCUGCUGACCUACCUACUGUCACUUGUCUCAGCUGCCAGCACCUGCCGGUUCUUCAAUCUGUGGCCACUGUCCUUCAUCUGGAGCAAGCUUUCCACAUGUGAGCAGCUUAGGUACCGGCUGGAGCAGCUUACAUUCAUCUUCAACCCCCAAAAGGCCGAGAACCCCUCCCAGCUGAUGAGGAAGGCCAACAUGUUUGUCUCCGUGCUCCUGGACGUGGCCCUUGGCCUUACGCUGUUGUCCUGGCUCCACGGGAAAGACCGCAUCGAGCAGCUGGCUGAUGCCCUCGUCCCAGUGGCUGACCGUGUGGCCGAGGAGCUCCAGCACCUGCUUCAGUGGCUAAUGGGCGCACCUGCUGGACUCAAGAUGAACCGGGCGCUGGACCAGGUGCUGGGCCGCUUCUUCCUGUACCACAUCCACCUGUGGAUCAGCUACAUCCACCUUAUGUCCCCCUUCAUCGAGCGGAUCCUGUGGCACAUGGGCCUGUCAGCCUGCCUGGGCCUGACAGUCGCCCUGUCCAUCCUGUCGGAUAUCAUCGCCCUCCUCACCUUCCACAUCUACUGCUUCUAUGUCUACGGUGCCAGGCUGUACUGCCUGAAGAUCUGUGGCCUGUCCUCGCUCUGGCGCCUGUUCCGGGGGAAGAAGUGGAAUGUUCUGCGCCAGCGGGUGGACUCUUGCUCCUACGACUUGGACCAGCUGUUCAUCGGGACUUUGCUCUUCACCAUCCUGGUCUUCCUGCUGCCGACCACGGCCCUGUACUACCUGGUGUUCACCCUGCUCCGGCUCCUGGUGGUCACCGUGCAGGGCCUGAUCCAUCUGCUCGUGGACCUCAUCAACUCCCUGCCGCUGUACGCACUUGGCCUUCGGCUCUGCCGGCCCUACAGGCUCGCAGCUGGCGUGAAGUUCCGAGUCCUGGAGCACGAGGCUGGCAGGCCCCUCCGCCUCCUGAUGCAGAUAAAUCCCCUGCCCUACGGACGUGUGGUGCACAUUUACCGCCUCCCCAGCUGUGGCUGCCACCCCAAGCACUCCUGGAGCUCCCUUUGUCGCAAGCUGUUCUUCGGGGAGCUCAUCUACCCUUGGAGGCAGAGAGGGGACAAGCAGGACUGAGGGACCAUGAUCACCAGCCUGCCCAGCACCAUCGCACGGCCACGGUCAGCCCUCCACCUUGCCAGGGUGGCACUGACUGUCGGGCAGCACAUGGCCCUGCCCUCUGUCUUCCUUGUCCCCAGUCGACUGGGGCCUCCACAGGUCCUGCUGGGCCCUGCCUGUCACAUCUCCUGACUCCAAGGUUAAAGUCAAGGUCAUGGGGGUGGUGAGCAGGAGGAUGUAGGGGCGGGCGGCCAGCAGGUCAGCCGGUCUGCGCUCCAUCAUACACCGUUUGCCUAAGGAUCCACCUCUGAUCUGUUGUGAUAGCACUAUUAGCCUGAUGCCCACCAGCCCCCCAAGCCUGCCAAGGAGCCCCUCCUGCCCCCACUCGGGCUCAGACCCUGCCCAGGGAGGGUUUUCAGAGCUUAACCUCUGCUCACCAUGCCCUUUCCCAGUGGGGUGAGCUCGCAGGUCGCCCUGGCUGCUCCACAGUGGUCCCACCCUGCCAUGAGGUAGGUGGAGGGACCCCUCCCAGGCUGCACUCAGCAGCCCUUGAGACUGACUCCCAAGCACCCUUCCUUGUGUUGUGGGUGGAUGGACCCUUUCUGUAAACAUCAGAGGCCAUGUCUGCUGUAACCCAGAGUCCAGGGAACAGCCACUCCCCUGGGGAGGACAUGCUCCGAGGAAAUGCACAAGCAGGAACUUCGGGGUUCCUAGGGGUUCCUAGUGGCCCUGCCCAUACCUGGUUAGCCUCUGCCCGCGAGUGUCCCAGCCUUCUGCUUCCCCAGAGAGCCAGGAGGACACCUGGAGAGGCUCUCACUGAAGGCAGGUGAGGAAGGCCCAGGCACUUACCAGGUGCUGCCUGCCAACAGAGGGACCAGCUCCUUAGGAAGCACCCCCCCAGGCACCAGCCACAAUGAAAAAGGCAGUGUGCGCGUGGCUCGCUGCCACCCCAGUAAAGGCUGUCUGCAGCUUUGGGGGCGGGUCACUUGGUGUGCUGCCCAUCCAGGGCUCUGCUCUCUGUAAGACCACCUGUUGUUGAAGGCAUGGUGCACAUGCAGUGACCCCUUGGGAGGAAAGUUCUUGUCAACCGUUCCUCGCCUGCUGGACAGAUGUGCCAGCCAAGCUGUCCUCAGAGCAGCACACGGGGGUGUGGUUGCUGUGAUGACAUGCUCCCUUGGCACAGAUCUGCUUUUCAGGGAGCCCUAACUCUCGUGUGUCUUCUCCCUUGCGCACACCGCUCUGCGCCUGGUCUAGUAAGGGCUGCGCUUGGCUCCAUUCUGACAACUUAUUUUUCUGAUACAUCAUUUUUUUAACAGCUUUAUUGAGGCAUAUUUUACAUAUUAUAAAGUUCACCCAUUUUGAGUGCACAAUUGAAUGAUUUGUAAUAACUUCACCAAGUAGUGUGACCAUCGCCAGUUUCAGAACAUUUUUAUCACCCCAGAAAGAAAUCUGUACCCCUUAAGCAGUCACUCACCAUUUUCCCCUACUCCAGGCACUGGCGACCACUAAUCUACUGGCUAUGGUUUUGCCUAUUCUGGACAUUUCUUAUAAAGCGAAUGUAGCACUAUUUAUUAGUACUUUAUUCCUUUUUAUGGAUGCAUAUAGACAUUGUGUGGAUGUACCACAUUUUGUUUAUCCAUUGACCUACUGAUGGGUGUUUGGGUUGUUUCCACCUGUUGGUGAUUGUGAAUAAUGCUUCUGUGAACAUUCACGUACAAGUUUUUCCUGUGGACGUUAUGUUUUCAUUUCUCUAGCAGCGGAAUUGCGUUGUGUGGUACUUUUUUGCUUAACUUUUUGAGUUACUUGUAAGUUACAUGUCAUAUGUGAAUAUAUUCUUAUUAAAAAUGUCAUCAAUG